GAGGAGCAGAGCCAGGCCCGUGCUCCCAAAGGCAGCAAGAUGUUGCGAGCCACAGCUCUCUGCUGGUUCCCACCUGCAUACCCGGAAGCUAAGAAGGUGGCCAAGCAGGUGGCCCUCGAGGCAAGCCGACCGUUGGGAGAGGAGCAGAGCCAGGCCGGUGCUCCCGAAGGCAGCAAGAUGUUGCGAGCCACAGCUCCCUGCUGGUCCCCACCUGCAUACCCAGAAGCCAAGAAGGUGGCCGAGGAGGCGGCCCUCGAAGCUCCAGAAUUCCCACUGCCCUCCGCCCAGAGCUUCGGGCUCUGGGUGCCCCAGAUGCACAACCAGACCUCAGCACUAGUGGACAUCCAGGCGGAGCCCCAGAAUAGGGGUCCGGCGGUGCCCCCAGCGUGGCCCAAGAUGGUGACGGAGGCGUGGUACUUCCCCGCGCAGAGGGGAUCGGCCUGCCGCUUGCCAGCCGCCCCAAGGCUGACAGAGAGGCCCUCUCGAGUCCGCAUCUCAGCCCCCAGGAAGAGGAAGAGGAUCGCCCACUUUCCCAGCCCUUGCUUGGUCGCAGGUCACACCGAUGCCAAGAGAACCCGGGUGGCCGGCAGCAGCCAACGCUCCAAUGGCUCCAGGGUAGGCAGACAGCCACGGAAGACGCACAACAGGUCGGGGAUGGCAUGCAAGACCUGCACCAAACUCAGCUCUAAGCGAAUCGUCCAUCGUCCAUCCUUACCGACUUUGAAGAAACCCAUUAUCCUCCGAAAGUCUCGGUGCCAAGUCCCCACCGUCAUCUGCCGAGGCUAUCGCUAACUGUUCACCAAAGAGUGUCUCAAGUUCUGCGCCUCCAAGCAGGAGGCCGAGGAGAAGGCGCUGAAAGAGGAGAAGGUGGCCUACGACUGCAGCCCCAACGAACAUAAGAACAUGUACCUGAAUGUGGUCCUGAACACCCUCAAGAGACUGAAGGGCCUGACCCCCAGCUCCAUGCCAGGCCUCAGCAGGGCCGCCCUGUACAGCCGCCUCCAGGAGUUCCUGCUCACCCAGGACCAGCUCAAGGAGAACGGCGACCCCUUCCCGCACCCCGAGCGGCCCGGAGACGCCGUCCUCUUCACUGGCCAGGGGAAGGGGCCCGGCGACUCCUCCUGCAGGGUCUGCUGCCGUUGUGGCACCGACUACCUGGUGUCCUCCUCGGGCCGCUGUCUACGCGACCAGUUGUGUUAUUAUCACUGGGGGCGGGUCCACUCAAGCCGAGUGGCUGGAGGCCGGGUUAGCCAGUACACCUGCUGUGCAGCUGCUCCUGGCUCUGUGGGCUGCCAGGUGGCAAAGCAGCACGUGCGGGACGGCCGCAAGGACAACCUCCAUGGCUUCGUGAAGACCUUCAAGAAAGAGUUUUCCAGAGACGCUUAUCCAGGAAUCUACGCCUUGGACUGCGAGAUGUGCUACACCACGCAUGGCCUAGAGCUGACCCACGUCACCGUGGUGGACGCCGACAUGCGAGUGGUGUACGACAUCUUCGUCAAGCCCGACAACGAGAUCGUGGACUACAACACCAGGUUUUCCGGAGUGACCGAGGCCGACGUCACCAAGAUGAGCAUCACGUUGCCUAAAGUCCAAGCCAUCCUGCUGAGCUUUUUCAGCGCCCAAACCAUCCUCAUCGGGCACAGCCUGGAGAGCGAUCUGCUGGCCCUCAAGCUGAUCCACAGCACCGUGGUGGACACGGCAGUGCUCUUCCCGCACUACCUGGGUUUCCCCUACAAGUGCUCCCUCAGGAAUCUCGCGGCCGACUGCCUGGGACAGAUCAUCCAGGACAGCCAGGACGGCCACAGCUCAAGGGAGGACGCAAACGCCUGCCUGCAGCUGGCGAUGUGGAAGGUCCGACAGAGCGCCCAGAUCCAGCCAUGCCACCGGUCCGCCUCUCCCGCCGCCCUGGCCUGUCCUUAG